AUGAACGCGAAACUGAUAGCAACGUGGCUACUACUGGGAGUGUUUACAGUGAACACAGCACACGCACAGCUCCAGUGUUAUGUGUGUGACAACUGUCCCGAUCCGUUCGAGGGCACCUCGUCCCAACUGCAGGCCUGCCCAGCGUCAGACUCAACCACCACGACACAGACACCUCCGGCCGGGGACACAACAGUCCUAACGCCUCCACCACUACCGACGGGAGUAAAUCCAGGCGAUACGACGACCGCUGCCAUAACGACGGAAGCUCCACCAACUCCAAGCACGCCGGAAAUAACGCCACCACCGCUACCGGGUCGCCGAAAGCGUCAGACAGCGACCGGAUAUCGGUGCUUCCGGAUCGAGCACUCAAACACUGUCCGUCGAGGUUGUGCUGCGUACCUGGGCAAUCAAGCCGAUACCUGCUCGUCCGUUAACGGUGGAACAGUUCCAACGGAGUGUACAAUUUGUGACUGGGAUGGAUGUAACAGUGCGACCGGACUGCGUGUGUCACUGGUCGCCCUACUGCUAGCCGUACUGCUUUCCGUUGUGCUGAAGCAGUAA